AUGCAACACUCACAACUAGCCCCGCUUCCGAACGAUGUGCCCUUCCGCAUUGUCUCGAAAACGAUCGGGCAAGGUGCAUACGCCUGUAUCAAGAAAGCCUGCCCUCUAGACUCGGACAACCCCGUUUUUGCCGUCAAAUACAUCCACAAAGAAUACGCUGCCAAGCAUGGCAAAAUUAGCGCGCGUCAAUUACAGCUGGAAGUGACCGUCCACAAGCACGUUACAGGCCAUAAUAACAUCAUCAGCUUUUAUCAAACUGGCGAGGAUCAUAUCUGGAGGUGGAUUGCCAUGGAGUUGGCCGAGGGUGGUGACCUCUUCGACAAAAUCGAGGCUGACGAGGGAGUGGGUGAGGAUAUUGCUCACGUUUAUUUCUCCCAGCUCGUCAGCGCGGUGAGCUACAUGCACUCGAAGGGCGUCGGACACCGGGACAUCAAGCCUGAGAACAUGCUUUUGACAGCGGAUGGCAAUCUCAAAAUUGCAGAUUUUGGACUCGCUGCGCUGUUUGAAUACAAGGGCACACGGAAGCUGUCCUCCACCUUCUGCGGGAGUCCGCCAUAUAUUGCCCCCGAAGUCAUUACGUGUAGCUCUCGCGGCUCAAAUAAGGGCUCCGGCUAUCACCCGGACUUGGUGGAUAUCUGGUCGUGCGGAAUUGUUCUCUUUGUCCUAUUGGCGGGUAAUACGCCUUGGGACAGUCCAACUGACGAUAGUUAUGAAUUCCAUGAGUACAUUGCUACAAAUGCGCGAACCACCGAUGAAUUAUGGCAGAAAUUACCACCAUCAACCCUUUCACUACUACGGGGCAUGUUGACGGUGGAUCCCAAAGACCGUUUCUCCAUGGAAGACGUACGAAGGCAUCCAUGGUACACUAGAUCGAACAAGUUCCUUUCGCCUGAUGGCAAGUUACGAGACCCGAUCAACCUCGCGACUUCUAUGUUUGAGUCACUGCACAUUGACUUCAGUCAAGACCCACUUUCCCAACAGCGAAAGAAGCCCAGUCGAAGCUUUGAUGCAAUGGACAUGGACGUGGAUAUGGAUAACGGCGGAGGGCUCUCAUCCACGCAGCCAGAGAUGCCAGCUGGUGAUGUUGUGAUGGACUGGGACACUCCAGAUCUGGCAUCCAAGUUUUCCUCGACGCAGCCAACAGGCAAGGCAUUCAAUUCUCAAGAUGCUGCCUUGGCCAAUCAUCUCGAAGAGGAGCCUUCCAUGUCUCAGUUCUCUCAGCAGCCUUCUGUUCCUAUCAGUAGAACUCAAAAUGCCCAGAGGUUCCAGGACAUCAUCCCGUCCCGUUCGUUGACUCGCUUCUUCUCUGCCUGGGAACUUAAGCUUCUAGUGCCGUUGAUCUGUGAAGGUCUACAUCGCCUUGGAGUCCCCGUCCCCAAUGUGCCGACUGUCGUCGCCGGUGAUACCUCCGCUAUGAUCCGUGUCAUUGCAAAAGACGGUAGAAUGUGCCCGCUCCAAGGGAAAGUCCUUAUCGAGUGCGUGUCUGAGGGUCUCUUUGAAGUCGAAUUUGUGAAAGUGAAAGGCGAUCCAUUAGAAUGGCGGCGAUUUUUCAAGAAGAUGACAAUCCUUUGCAAAGAUGCUGUCUUCAAGCCUGACGAAUGA